AUGGAUUCGGAAACAGAUUGGUUGUGUGAAAUAUUACAAAAUGUUCAACUCGAACAGUUUUAUUUGGCAAUUAGAGAUCAGCUUCAGAUUACACGGUUAGCACAUUUUGAUUAUGUGCAUGCUGAAGACCUUGAAAAGAUUGGUAUUAGCAAGCCUGGAAUACGAAGGCUGCUCGAUGCUGUUAGGAAAAAGAAGCUGCAACUAUGGAAUAGAAAGUUUUGGAAUAAGCUGUUUGGUUCACCGAGUUCGACAUCGAAGGAAAAGACUGAUAUAGCAGUAAAGCCUCAAACACAGACUGAAUCUCAGACAACAUGUAUAAUACUGGAAAAGGAUAUUGUAUUACAUAAUGAAUUAGGUAAUGGAUCAUUCGGUGUUGUGAAACGGGGAGAGUGGAAGGUAGAUCAAUCAAACAAAACUAUGCCAGUGGCCGUUAAAGUGUUAAAAGCAGAUGCUUUUACCCAGCCGGGAAUAUAUGAUGACUUCAGAAGAGAAGUUGAAGCUAUGCAUAGCUUGAAACAUCCAAAUCUAAUUAAAUUACAUGGCGUAGUCUUUCAUCCAUUGAUGAUGGUUUGUGAAUUAGCCACUAUGGGAGCAUUGCUAGAUUAUAUAAGAGCUCAGGAUGGCAAAGUAUCAUUGCAAUAUAUAGCGAAAUGGUCUAGUCAAGUUGCAGCGGGAAUGGCUUAUUUGGAGAAAAAUAGAUUUCUGCAUAGAGAUCUAGCAUGCAGGAACAUAUUAUUGUCAAAUUUAGAACUGGUAAAGAUUGGUGAUUUUGGAUUAAUGCGAGCAUUACCGGACACCGACAACUGUUAUGUUAUGAGUGAAAGACGACGAGUGCCUUUUCCAUGGUGUGCUCCAGAAUCUCUUCGUUCGAGACAAUUUUCACAUGCAUCCGAUGUCUGGAUGUUUGCAGUAGCAUUGUGGGAGAUGUAUUCAUUUGGAGAAGAACCCUGGCUCGGUCUGAAUGGUUCCGAGAUACUCCGUCUUAUAAUGCGUGAGGGUCAUCGCCUCUCAGCCCCGGCCGCGUGUCCGCCGGACGUGUAUAUGCUGAUGAUGCAAUGCUGGGAUUUGGACCCCAAGGAAAGACCAACAUUCGCUGGUAUACUCAGAUAUAUGGACACCAACCGCUUUGAAACAGCCAUAGCUAAUUUGAGCUAUAGGAAGGCAGGUCAGAUGUCCAUAGAAGCGGGUGAUUCAAUCAUACUCAUUGAUAAGAGGCCUGAACUACACUGGUGGAAGGGACAAAACCAAAGAUCGCUUCAAGUAGGCCUAUUUCCCAGUAAUAUAGUCACCAUUAAAACUCAGAACAACCAAGCGGCUGUUAAAUCUCAUGCGUCUUUGAAUCGAAAAGUGUCAAAUCCAACAAGUGAGGAGGAAGUGAUACUUCGUAGACGGCGUACUAUUGAAUCGACACAAGCUCCAACAACACGAGCCGGGAACACGUCCAGCAAACAUUUUAAUUACAAUAAACUGGUGAACGAUAGAACGAGGACUGUAAGGGAUAACUACUCCAAGAGCUUAGGACAAGUUAAAGAGGACCUGCUUAUCGACUUAGACCUACCGCCGUGCACUAAAACAACGCCUACAAAGAAACAGACGACACAAAACAAUGUAUCUAUAUUGGAUGAACCCAUCGAUGUACCUGAAAUUGGUCCUGAAUUAGAUUGGGGUCAGCAGAGCAUUGAAAGUCUGCCAACGUAUUGUACGGAACCACAGACGAGUCGAAGCAUAUAUGGUGCUAAGUCAUUGGAUGGAUUGAAUAUUACACUACCACAAGCACAGGAUCCUUUCGAUACUACGAAUCUUUGGAUAUCAAACAACGAAUCUCAAUCGAGACCCAACUACGACAUACAACUCAACGAUUCACUCAACCAACUCAGCAUUCAAUCUCAGACAUACUCGAAUACAUUAGCAACUAGUUCAGAUGCGGAAUUAUAUAACAAUGUAGUUCCCGUCGCCUUGAACAAUACUAACCAACAAAACAAUCAGAAUAACUACGGAAUGUUAUCCAACGCGUAUACGACUUCUAUACAAGCGACCAAUAGAAGUACGUACAACGAAAAUACGGCUUCGGAAAAUAAAUACGAAUCUAAUAUUAAACCACCGACACAGAUAUCGCUGGACGAUAGAAUAUCUGAAUCAUUGAAUCUCAGAGCUAAGAAUACUAAUAGCGAUUUAUACGCUAACUGCGACACGCCUGCAACAUCUCACAACACAAACGGCGGGUAUACAGAUAUACCGAUAUACAGUAAUUUCGAAAUCAAUCCAACACAACCAUUAGUAUUAGAAACUAAGGAUUACUACAAGAAACUAUCUACGCCAGCCAGUAGUAUAAAUAUGGACUACCAAAAAAACAUGUACGUCCCUAAACAUGAAGAUGGGGAGAAAUUGAAGAAUUUCAGUGAGAAUUUGGAAAAUUCCAAAAAUUAUUCAGUAUUUAAAACAUAUCAGAAUAUAGAUUACUUGCAGUACAGUCAUUACGGGCCGUCGACCUCGCGCCAGGCUACGUACGACGAGGUGAACGAAACUAACAUAUACAGUGAGAUCGGCGAGCCGAGUGUGUAUUCGAGCUCGACUUACAUGAAUACGAAUACAAGUACACAUCCGAAUACGAAUACGUGUGUGUACGAUGAAGUAUACGAACCGGUGCCUCGCCCCCACAGACCCGCACCGCCCUGUCCAUUUAAACGAUGA